AUGGGACGUCGUCGACGAGGAGCCGGUGAUGAAGGUACAAAAGCAGCGCGUUCCCCCACCUCUUCUUCGCCCAACGCCUCACCCCUCUCCUCACGCCUAACUCCCCACCUACACUCCAACAACGACAUGCGUGCUACCAACAUGCCAUUCGCCUUUGGCUUGCUCAGCCUUUUCGCCCUCUUCACCAACCUCAUGCUCACCACGGCCGCUCCGACCAACGCCGAGCAGGAGGCUCGCGUCGCCACGGACGACGUCUACACCCGCACUAAUGACCACGACUUGGGAGCGACGAAGCAUGAUCAUAAUCUGGGCGUGGGCGUAGGCGUGGGCGUGGGAAUCGGGGACGGAGGGAAUGCUGGGUGCGUAGGCUGGGGAUGCUGGAACCCUCCCCCUUACACGGGCGGCGGCUGGAACAACGGCGGUAACUGGAACAACGGUGGUAACUGGAACAACGGCGGCAACUGGGGCGGCUGGCACCCUAACUACCCGCCUUCCCCUUACCCUUCGCCCUCCUGGAGUGCCGGAGGUGGCCAGAACAGCUGGGACUGGUGGGCAAGCCACGGCUACAAGGGCAAGGCUCCCUCUGGCGGCCAGCCUGGCAUCUCUUCCAAGGCCCAGAACGCGGCCAAGACCGUCAACAACAGCGGCAACCCUCCUCACAGCAGCAAUGUCCACUCUCGUGGUGAUGGCUACGAGUACGAGUCGCUUGAUGGGCGUGCUGCUGAGCCUGGAAUGAUGUAG